ACUCAUUAACCUCUCCCAUAAGUCUUCCUCGACUCGACUCGACUGUGCAAGGGCGAAUCACGAAGACCUACGCCCAAAUCUGCCGACCCUCUGCAUCCUCUCUAAUCUGCCCUUUCUCUCUGAGUUUUAUCUGCUCUCUCUUCCCCUUCUCCGUCCCGAAAUUCGCCAUCACCUCUGAAAUCGGCGCGCUUUCGGGGCGAUUUUCCGAGUCGGUACUCAGCGGCGUCUGUUGGAAAUUUCUGAGAUAAAUACAACUAUCAUAAGAUGGAUGGGAAUAAAGAUGAGGCCUUGAAGUGCUUAAAGAUUGCCAAAAGUGCCGUUGAAUCAGGAGACAAAAUCCGUGCCCUGAAGUUUCUCAACAAAGCCCGUCGGUUGGAUCCAACUAUUGAAGUUGGUGAACUUUUGUCUAAUCUGAACACGUUGGAACCAGAAUCAAAGAGUACUGAUGGACCAACAGAAGAAAGUCCUUCCAAUCCAUCGCAGACUGGGAACCGCCGCAGGGUUUCAGCAUCCAGACCAUCAUCCUCUUCCACAUCCAGCACAUCAGCAACCUACACAGAAGAGCAGGUCACUGUGGUGAAAGAGAUUAAGAGGAAAAAUGACUAUUAUGAAAUAUUGGGCCUGGAAAAGAAUUGCAGUGCUGAAGAUGUUCGUAAGGCAUAUAGGAAAUUGUCACUAAAGGUCCAUCCGGAUAAGAACCAGGCUCCUGGUGCAGAGGAAGCAUUUAAGAAGGUGUCCAAAGCAUUUCAAUGCUUAAGUGAUCCAGAGGGUCGUAAAAAGUAUGAUGUUGUUGGAUCAGAUGAGCCUGUAUAUGAUAGACGAGGUGGAGGUGGAGGUGGAGGAGUUAAUGGAAUGCGAGGGUUUAAUGGGUUUUACUAUGAGGAUGUUGAUGCAGACGAGAUUUUCAGAAAUUUCUUUUUUGGGGGAAUGAAUCCAGCAACUACUGGGAAUUUUGGUGGAUUUACAUUUGGGCCAGGAGUAAGGGUAAGAACAGGCGGAGUUGAUCAUGGAUCUAAUUGGUUGAGGACAGUGAUUCAGUUGUUACCGAUUAUAUUGAUUGUGUUGAUGAACUUGUUGCCAUCAUCUGAACCUGUUUAUUCUUUCUCUCCAUCUUCCACACACAAUCAGAAGCUUACCACACAGAAGGGCGUGAACUUUUAUGUUAAAUCUUCCAAAUUUGAGCAGCAAUAUCCGCCUAGUAGCCAGCAACGAAUUGCAUUUGAACAACAGGUUGAGGAUGACUAUCGGUCAAUUCUUGUGCAUAAUUGCAGGCUUGAGUGGCAACAGCUUCAUUGGGGCUAUAGACGAGAAACUCCAAAUUGUGAAGCGUUGAAGCGAUUUGAUGCUCUGGCUCAGUAACUAGCUUAAAGAUUAACUAACAGGCUUCCAUUUUCUUUGCUCGGGAGAUUGGAAAGCAAAAAUCUUAAGUUUGUGAAAGAAAGAAUGGGAUGAAAGCGUUUGUAAUUUCCUUGCAUAAGCUGAAGUUUGUGACGGAAGAGUUUUGCCAACACAAACAAUUAUAUUCGUAGUAAGCUGCACCUGCACGGGACUGUUAUAGGUGUUUGUUUAAGUAUUAUUGUUAUUAUGACAUUAUUUGCUGUGGUGAGGUGGUGAUUCGAUACUGUUUAUGCGUGCAAGACAGACAGGUAUGUAUGUAUUUACAUGAAAUCAAAUAAUGACGGAGAAAAAUGAGGAGGAUAUUAUUUAUUGGGUGCUUUGGUUUGAAACUCUAGGAACAUCAUCAUAUCAUAUGUCAUGCUGUUGUUGUCUUUUGAGUUUGAAUUUGGCAAAUUCUUUUGUUA